GCACUUGGUUCAUCUUGGCCCACCAUGAAGUUCCUCCUACUUUGUGCCUACAUGUUGCUGCUUAGGAUUUCCCAGCUGAGGGCAGUCAGCUUUCCUGAAGACGAUGAACCUCUUAACACCGUUGACUAUCACUAUUCAAGGCAAUAUCCGGUUUUUAGAGGACGCCCUUCAGGCAAUGAAUCACAGCACAGGCUGGACUUCCAGCUGAUGUUGAAAAUUCGAGACACACUUUAUAUUGCUGGCAGGGAUCAAGUUUAUACAGUGAACUUAAGUGAAAUCCCCAAAACAGAAGUAAUACCAAGCAAGAAACUGACAUGGCGGUCCAGACAACAGGAUCGAGAAAACUGUGCUAUGAAAGGCAAGCAUAAAGAUGAAUGCCACAACUUCAUUAAAGUAUUUGUUCCAAGGAAUGAUGAGAUGGUUUUUGUUUGUGGUACCAAUGCAUUUAACCCCAUGUGUAGAUACUAUAGGUUGAAUACCUUAGAGUAUGAUGGGGAAGAAAUCAGUGGCCUGGCGAGAUGCCCAUUUGAUGCCAGACAAACCAAUGUUGCUCUCUUUGCUGAUGGGAAGCUGUAUUCUGCCACAGUGGCCGAUUUCUUGGCUAGUGAUGCUGUUAUUUACCGAAGCAUGGGCGAUGGAUCUGCCCUUCGCACAAUUAAAUAUGAUUCCAAGUGGAUAAAAGAGCCACACUUCCUUCAUGCCAUAGAGUACGGAAACUAUGUCUAUUUCUUCUUUCGAGAAAUUGCUGUCGAACAUAAUAAUUUAGGCAAGGCUGUGUAUUCCCGUGUGGCUCGUAUAUGUAAAAAUGACAUGGGUGGCUCCCAGCGGGUCCUGGAGAAACACUGGACUUCGUUUCUAAAGGCUCGGCUUAACUGUUCUGUCCCUGGAGAUUCGUUUUUCUACUUUGAUGUUCUGCAGUCUAUUACAGACAUAAUACAAAUCAAUGGCAUUCCCACUGUGGUCGGGGUGUUUACCACACAGCUCAACAGCAUUCCUGGUUCUGCAGUUUGCGCGUUUAGCAUGGAUGACAUUGAAAAAGUAUUUAAAGGACGGUUUAAGGAGCAGAAAACUCCAGAUUCUGUUUGGACAGCAGUCCCUGAAGACAAAGUACCAAAACCAAGGCCUGGUUGUUGUGCUAAGCAUGGUCUCGCUGAAGCUUAUAAAACUUCCAUCGAUUUUCCUGAUGAAACCCUGUCAUUUAUCAAGUCCCAUCCCCUGAUGGACUCUGCUGUUCCACCCAUUGCUGAUGAGCCCUGGUUCACAAAGACUCGAGUCAGGUAUAGAUUGACUGCCAUUGCUGUUGACCAUUCUGCUGGACCCUACCAGAACUACACAGUCAUCUUUGUUGGCUCUGAAGCUGGCAUGGUACUUAAAGUUUUGGCAAAGACCAGUCCCUUCUCUUUGAAUGACAGCGUAUUACUGGAAGAGAUUGAAGCUUAUAACCAUGCAAAGUGUAAUGCUGAGAAUGAGGAAGACAGGAAAGUCAUCUCCUUGCAGCUGGAUAAAGAUCACCAUGCUUUAUUCGUGGCAUUCUCUAGCUGUGUUAUUCGGAUCCCCCUCAGUCGAUGUGAGCACUAUGGAUCAUGUAAAAAGUCUUGUAUUGCAUCUCGUGACCCGUACUGUGGCUGGUUAAGCCAGGGAACCUGUGGCAGAGUGACCCCCGCAAUGCUACUGUUAACUGAAGACCUCUUUGCUUUCCAUAACCACAGCGCUGGAGAGUAUGAACAGGACACAGAAUAUGGCAACACGGCCCACCUGGGGGACUGCCAUGGUGUACGAUGGGAAGUCCAAUCUGGCGAGUCUAACCAGAUGGUUCACAUGAAUGUCCUCAUCACCUGUGUCUUUGCUGCUUUUGUUUUGGGUGCAUUCAUUGCAGGUGUGGCAGUAUAUUGCUAUCGUGACAUGUAUGUUCGGAAAUCCAGAAAGAUCCAUAAAGAUGCAGAAUCUGCCCAGUCGUGCACAGACUCCAGUGGAAGUUUUGCCAAACUAAAUGGGCUCUUCGACAGUCCAGUUAAGGAAUAUCAACAGAAUAUCGAUUCUCCCAAGUUGUAUAGUAACCUGCUGACCAGUCGGAAAGAGCUGCCACCCAAUGUAGACACUAAAUCUAUGGUAAUGGACCAUCGAGGGCAACCUCCAGAGCUGGCUGCCCUCCCCACACCUGAGUCUACACCGGUGCUACACCAGAAGACCAUGCCAUCCAUGAAAAGCCACUCCGACAAGACCCACAGCCAUGGAGCAUCCAGGAAAGAAGCCUCCCAGUUUUUUCCUUCUAGUCCUCCACCCCACUCCCCAUUAAGUCACGGGCAUAUCCCCAGUGCCAUUGUUCUCCCUAAUGCUACUCAUGACUACAACACGUCUUUCUCAAACUCCAAUGCUCACAAAGCUGAAAAGAAGCUUCAAAACCUUGACCAUCCCCUUACGAAGUCAUCCAGUAAAAGGGAUCACCGGCGUUCUGUGGAUUCCAGAAAUACCCUCAACGAUCUUCUAAAGCAUCUUAAUGACCCCAAUAGUAACCCCAAAGCCAUCAUGGGCGACAUCCAAAUGGCCCACCAGACCCUAAUGCUAGAUCCUGUGGGAACUAUGUCUGAGGUUCCACCCAAGGUUCCCAACCGGGAGGCAUCGCUGUACUCUCCUCCUUCAACUCUCCCUAGAAAUAGCCCAACCAAACGAGUGGACGUUCCCAACACUCCUGGAGUCCCAAUGACUUCUCUGGAAAGACAAAGGGGCUAUCACAAAAAUUCUUCACAGAGGCACUCUAUAUCUGCUAUGCCUAAAAACUCACCAAAUGGUGUUUUAUUAUCCAGACAGCCUAGUAUUAACCGUGGAGGAUACAUGCCCACCCCCACAGGAGCAAAGGUGGACUAUAUACAGGGGACACCAGUGAGUGUUCACCUGCAGCCUUCCCUCUCCAGACAAAGCAGCUACACCAGUAAUGGGACCCUUCCUAGGACGGGACUAAAGAGGACACCGUCCUUAAAACCUGAUGUGCCACCAAAGCCUUCAUUUGUUCCUCAAACCACAUCGGUCAGACCACUGAACAAAUACACAUACUAGACCUCACGUGUGCUAGUCCCAUGUGGCUUUAUCCUGUACAUGUUGUUGAGAGGAUGAUGUUGUAAGAGUACUUUAAGACAAGAGACUCACUUGUAUUUUAAGAGAACCAAGUCGCCAAAGAAACUCUUCAUAACUUUGGCAACAUCAGAACUUGCCACAUGUAGCUACCACAGCAAGGCUUCUGAGUACUUGCCUGAAAACAAAGAAAGGUGCUGGCUGUUCCAUUUCUUUUGUUUGAAGCUAAAGAGAUGGGUAGCUCUGAGAGGGGCUGCCUUACCAGUAUAAAGAGCUGAUACAGUCCUCAGAAGAAUCUGUAAGCAAAUACUUGAAAAUGGGUUUAAUUUAGACUGCCAUUCUGUGUGGUCUUCCCAUUCAAUGUGAACAUUUUAAUAUGUAUGCAUUCACCUUGCCUCUUGCACAAAUGUCAAACAAACAGACAAAAAAAGAUGGUUAUGAACUUGUAGAUUACCAAACAAUUAGCGAAAAAUUGUCUUUGACCCAAACGUUAGAUGUUUUCUUUUUAUCCCCAUGAGUGGCAUUUUUUAAAAAAUUUCAUGCCACCAACAAACUAUGUUGCGAGUAUGUGUGUGUGUGUGUGUGUGUUCUGAACCCACUAGGACUUACAUAGGUGUCCAUCCCAUCUUUUUGUGCUAUGGAGUUAUUUGCAUUAAGCAUGACUGAACAAGAGACAGUAACUUCGACCCACAGCAGUCCGUUGGGUUCCGUUUUGAGAAUGAAAUAAAAUUGAGGUUCAUUAGAUGAUCAAAAUGAUGAACUUAACAUAUAUGGUACCCAGUGCUGGAAUGUAAGAGUUCUCAGUAAAUUUGUGCUGCUAUUCAUGAAACCUUCAGUUACAGUCUUGUCAGCUUAGGGAGAUAAAGAUGUUAAGAGGUAUCUUUGAUUUAUCCAUCAGUAUUCAGUACUAAAAUUUACCUCUCUACUG